CAUAGGCUAAAGGUAACUUGCGUUGUCGAAGAAAAAAACAUUUGUGUUUCGAAAUAUAACUUUCUAUGUUUUUAAGGUCAGUUCCAAAAGUGUUUUAGCAAUUUCAAAUAUGCAAACUGAACAAUUAUGCAAAGAUGAUCUGUACCUGUGUAAUUACUUCAAAAGAAAGCUUUGGUUUGGGAGAAUUUUCAAAUUUAAUCCGCACUGACGACUGACAUAUACCAUUAACUAUAGUUUAUUAAACGUGGUGGUAUAGCCACAACUUCGUUCUCUUUAAUCAGUUAUUGGGAUAUAUGUUUUUCUAGAAAUAUAUAGAAAAUGAAACCGGUAAUCUCUUUCGCGGCCGUUUUGAUGAUAAAACUUUCAUUUUACCGAGCAUUUGCAGUUAUUCCUGUUGUGAACAGACAGCCAACAGGAACAUUGGUCAACACAACUAGUGGAUUGCUAAAUGGAACAAGUACAGCAGAAGCGCAUGCGUUUUAUGCAGUCCCCUUUGCCCAACCACCUAUUGGGAGUUUAAGGUUCAGGUCGCCUUUGCCCGUACCAUAUCUAGGAUUGAUAGAUGCGUCGGAAUACAAGCUUGUCCAAUGUCCACAGAUUAAUAGAGGAAACUACACCGAAGACUGCCUUGUACUUAACGUGUUUGUUCCCUCAACUUUAAACCUUGACACGGCUAUUGCACCCGAAGACGGUCUCCCGGUCAUGGUAUGGAUACACGGAGGGGCGUUCAUGACCGGUUCCAGCACGAUUUUGUUUUAUCAUGGAGAACCACUCUGCAACAGAACUAAUACAGUGAUCGUUACAGUGAACUACCGAUUAGGAGCUUUUGGAUUUCUCUCAUUAAACGAGGGUGAUGUGGUUUUGGAAGGUAACCAAGGUAUACGAGAUCAACAACUAGCUUUGACGUGGGUCAAGGAUAAUAUUGCUAACUUCGGUGGAGACAAGAACAAGGUCACAAUAUUCGGAGAAAGCGCUGGGGCACAGUCUGUAGUUUUGCAUCUUGUGUCGCCAACGAGUGAAUCGCUCUUCCACAGAGCAAUAAUACAAAGCAGUCCCGCUUAUUAUCAAUUUUACACAAAUACUGAAGCAAACGAGUUGACCAGGUUUUUGCUCCAAACCAUUAAUUGCACUGGAACGCAGGGAAUUCAAUGUUUAUUAGAAAAAGAUGUUGACGACAUCGUGGCCGCUUAUCCAGCGGUGGUUAACUUUGUCGGGCAACGAAAAUACGGUGUUGGAGCCACUGAGACCUUUCGACCUUAUAUUGAUGAAGUGCUUAUCCCAGACCAGCCGUUAAAACUAUUAGAAACUGGUAACUGGAACAAGAAAGCAAUUAUUAUUGGUUCAAACACAGAGGAAGGACAAUCAGAAAGUUUCCAACAAUUCCAUGAUUUCGAACUGUUUAAGGCCACAACAACCUAUUUCUUUGGCCCGAUAUUAGCCCCGUCGUUAAUAAGGGAAUACUCUAAACUAGUGGCCAACGUAAGCGAUGAUUAUGAUUACAUUAAGCUAAUAGAGGAUAUGACAGGAGAUGGUCUAUUUGUAUGUCCAACCAGAACACUUGCAAGAUUGGCGUACGAAACGACCAACAUUCCGAAUUCAGUGUUUCUUUAUUCAAAUGCUUACCCUCCCAAUGCAUCAACACAUGCAGUCGAGAUUCCUUACGUUUUCAGGACAGUGUUCAACGAAACUGCAGACGAUAAUAUCAUUAUGAAUAUGUUCUCUGAUUACUGGGGAAGCUUCGCCCACAAUGAAGUUCCGCAGUCUAACACGUUCGCUACUUGGCCCGCCUAUGCCAGUACAGCAGAUGAGCUUUUACGAAUCAAAGUCCCAAACACAACUGUACUGACCGGAUUUAAAAACAAUAUAUGCGAUUUCUGGGACUCGUUGGGAAUCUACAUUAAUCUUACAACUGAUGCUACUGUUGAGAUGACAACCAGCAACGAUAUAGGGAUAAUAGUAACGACCAACGGUGUAUAUGUACAACGCAAACCUCUAGCAAUGCUUUUCACAUGUCUUCUACUUUUCACGAUAUUCUAUUAGUUGUUAAAUGAUUAGGAAAUGUCAUCUUUUAUUUUUGAUUAGAUAAGCAGUUGUAAAUUGACACUUUUGCAGUUUCAAAUGAAUGUUUAUCGUACAUAGUAAAUUAAAGAAAUAUUGUUUAAUGUACAGUAGGUUGGGGAAGAUGGGACACCUUUUUAUUCUAUUUUUUCAUUCGAUUUGGUGGUAAACAAAGAACAUUUAAGGAAUUAUAAAACUAUAUCCUCACAACUACCAUGGACCGUUGUUAAUUUUUUAAAACACGGUCAGGAUAUUUUGAUAAUUUGUGCUAAAUAUAUCUCAUCUACCCCCACAUACUAUAUUACACAAAGAAACAUGCUCUUUUUUAAUUAAU